AUGUCGUCGAACAGCACCCUCAACCCGGAAUCGGACAGUUUUGAGAACCGGCCUGCAUUUUACAUUGGACAGCAUGAUCCAAACCGAAGAGAACCACUGUCGGACGACCAGUAUACUCAGGUUCUCAACAGUGGAUUCCGCUUUGUCACAGCGCCCAUUACCACCGAGCACUUCUUCAACCGCGUUGUUGCCCUCUAUAAGGCGUACCUCGAGGAGCGAGCGCAAUGGAGCCAGCCCAAUCCAUCUUUGCCGGGGCCGGUGGUGCCAACCUUGACCGAUGAGGACACACUUCUGUCGCCCAGCAACUACAUCGGUUCUCUUGUCCUGUAUGCCAGUCCAUGGAUAGAUCUGUGCUCUGCGGAUCCCCACAUCUCGAGCAUCUCACGCCAGGUUUUAAAUCUUGAGGCUGCGUAUGCCAACUUUUGUGGUGCGAGAACUAUCAUCAUCCCCGGUCCCAGGGAAGAUAGCAGUGGUCGCGACGUUGCUCAGUACGCUCGCGCCAUCCGGGAGGCAAUGAAUGUAGCGGGCCGCGCCAACGUCAUCAUCCACAUGCCCAUGUACCGGGAACCGGGCUUAGGGGAGAAGGUAGAAACGCUCUCAUCGAUAUUUGGCCCUGGCGAUGGAUCGAAGGAGGAUGCCGGCGAAAUCGAUCUUUUUAGUGCCUGGGAUUCCUGGCACACCAUUCGGUCGGUCUGCAAUUACUCUAUGAGGUUGUUCGUCGCUCUCCGCAUCCCCAAGCGUGUCCCUGAGAAGACCCUCCAGGAGCGGUGGUUUGCCGAACCACUUCAUUAUUUGACCAUCAGCCGGGAGGUUUUCCAGCUCAACCGUGCCGGUCACCCGUCGCUUAGUAGGAACCACCAAGAUCUAAUCGGCCGUUACAUGAGGCUCCGCAGCCUCCCUUGGCUACUCCUUAGCGAUGUUGGCCCAAGCCCGGAGGAACUGGCGGCGAUCCCUGAUCCGACUGCGUCCGAGUUCCCAUCGCUGGAUGAGGCGAGCCGUGCUCUGAAGGAGAACCGCAUGCCGCAUAUGCCACCGAUAAAUGAAUACGUUGAGUACAUGAGGUAUCUCGAACGCCAGCAACCUGCAUUUUCGGCGAUGGAGACACCGACCCUGACCAGUUUCCAAGACUGGCUGCAACCACCUCUGCAGCCUCUGGCUGAUAAUCUCGAAUCGGCAACGUACGAAGUAUUUGAGGGUGACCCCGUCAAGUACGACCAGUAUGAAAAGGCCAUUGCUGAAGCCAUGACUGAGUGGAGGCAGCUGAAGAAACCCACGUCGACGGCCACGGCGGAGAAUCCGGACAGUCCUGAGCUAGUAGUAACCGUGGCGGGUGCUGGGCGUGGGCCCCUAGUAGCACGCGCUCUCCGUGCUGCUAAGACAACGUCGACUCCCAUCCAAAUCUGGGCCGUUGAGAAGAACCAGGACGCAUACGUCUACCUCCUGAGAAGGAACAAGGUAGAAUGGGACAACAAAGUGACGCUCGUCAAGACUGACAUGCGUGGCUGGGAGGGCCCGCGCCUCAAGGGCAGGGAGGACACGAUCGGCAAGGUGGAUAUUCUCAUUACGGAACUUCUCGGCUCAUUCGGUGACAAUGAGCUUUCCCCCGAAUGUCUUGACGGUAUCCAAAAUCACCUCGCCCGUCCUCAUGGGAUCUCCAUCCCGCAUUCCUACACGGCCCAUCUGAGCCCCAUCUCGACACCGCGUCUCUUCGCGGACAUCAGCUCGCGCGUAAUCGGUGACCCUAGUGCCUUCGAGACUCCCUGGGUCGUCCGCCUCUUCGCCCUCGACUAUGUCGCACAGCGGGCACCGGACCACCCGCGGUUCCAGCAGGCGUGGGAAUUUGUCCACCCCGUUGAGGUACUCCGUGCGGACGAGUUCGCGGCGGUGCACGGGAAGGCGGCCCGAUAUGUCACGGGCGGUGUGGGUAGCAUGUCUGGUACCAGCGGCACCAACGAGCACAACAAACGGCACUGCCAUCUAACGUUCGUGUGUCCCACACGCGGCGUGAUCCACGGGUUAGCUGGGUUCUUCGAGUCAGUGCUGUAUGCGUCGCAGACGGGCCAGGGCAAGGAGCCGGUGGAGAUCAGCAUCCUACCCGAUCAAAUCGAUCGCAAGAGCAAGGAUAUGAUCUCAUGGUUCCCUAUUUUCUUCCCGCUGAAGAAACCGCUUUAUUUCCCGCAGGACACCGAGCUCGAAGUAAGCAUGUGGCGCCAAACAGACGACAAUAAGGUUUGGUACGAGUGGUUGGUGGAGGUGUACGCUUGGGUUGGGCCGAAGACGCGGAUUAAGGUUGGGGCGACUGAUUUGCACAGCAGCCGCAAGGUUGCUUGCUUGAUGUAG